CGUGUUGAUUUGUUCUAACUUCGUGACUAUAAAAUUUCCCUUUUAGAGAGUAAUAUAGUGAUAAAACAACUAUUUUGUGAAUAAUUGUGAAGUGUUCGUGAAGAACUUAAGUGUUUAUUGAAUGCUCAUUAUGUGCUUUCUCUUCGUGCUUGGCUGAAUAGUUGCGACAUUGAAAAUGUCUAAUUCGGGGGAAAUAUUGGAUAUGACAACUGAUCAGGAUGGUUGCAUGUUGACGAACACAUCACAAAGCAACAUUAUCACAGAUGUUUACAACGGUAUACCUCAGACUUUGAUUCUUAACUUGAUAUCCUGGUUAUGUCUGAUCAUUCUGUUUACUGUACUGCGACGUACCGCAUGGAAUUAUGGACGGAUGGCGCUCGUCCAGCGGACAAAGAGCCGUUGGACAAACUUGUUCUAUUACCGCGGCGGGGACGGCGACGGUCUUGUGGACGGGAGAAGGAACAAUGACGAAUCGACCAGCAUUGAUGAAGGAUUCCUCACGUGGCUACCUGCCGUGUUUAAACUGACCCGUGAACAGGUCCUAGCUAAAUGUGGCCCGGAUGCUGUGCAUUACCUCUCCUUUCAGAGGCAUUUAAUAACUCUCAUGUUCAUUGUGACAAUAAUUUCUAUAGGUGUAAUUUUGCCUAUAAAUUUUCAAGGAAUGAACAUGGGCAGUAACUCCACAUUUGCAAGUACAACUUUGUCCAAUAUAAAUGGAAGUUCGGAUUGGCUAUGGGUUCACACUGUAAUCAGUAUCUUAUUUUUACCCGUAUCCGUGCUAAUAAUGAGACGCUGCACUGGCCGGAAGCCUGUGCCCAAAUGUUUGACAGGCACAAUUAUGAUAACAAAUAUAUCGAAGGCAGAUAGAAAUGAGUCCACAAUAAAAGCAUAUUUCGUUCAUAAUUUUCCUCAUAUACAAAUAGUUGAUUUGCGACUCGCUUAUAAUAUAAAAAAACUGGAUCAAAUAUAUGAGAAGAAAGAAAUGGUUACGGAAGCACUUGUUUACUGUGAUAAUUAUUAUAAAAAGACAGGAAAACGUGUCCCCGUUAGACCGAAAUGGUUUGGACCUCCAGUGGAUGCCUUAGACUUUUAUACACAUGAAGAGAAGAGACUGAAAGAUGAAGCCAAGAGGCAUCGUGCAAUGGUACUCAACGAACCUCUAAGUAUUGCAUUUUUGACUUUGCCAUCUUAUCAAUUAGCCGAGCAAGUUAUCAAUAAAUUCAGCUUACAUCAUGAUUGGGUGCUCUCACAUGCCACAAACCCGGCAGAUAUUAUCUGGGAGAACCUGAGUGUGCAGCCUAGUGUUUGGUAUUUAAAAGCAAUAUGUAUUAACUUUGUGCUAUUUAUUGUUCUAUUCUUUCUGACAACUCCAGCCAUUAUUGUCAAUCUAUUCAAUACUGUGGUAGUUAAACCUGAUAACACAGAUAAAGUUAGCUCCAUUAUUUUUGACUUCCUCCCCACAUUGCUUUUGUGGACCAUGGCAGCUGUGAUGCCAGCCAUAGUAUCAUUUUCUGAUAAAUUUCUCUCUCAUUGGACAAAGUCACAGCAAAAUUAUUCAAUUAUGACUAAAACAGUUUCCUUUUUGCUACUCAUGACCUUGAUCUUACCCUCACUUGGACUCGCGAGCGCUGACGCCUUCUUACGUUGGACUUUACAUCACGAGAACGAUACGAUGCGCUGGGACUGUGUUUUCUAUCCUAACAAAGGGGCGUUUUUCGUUAACUAUGUCAUAACCUCUGCUUUUAUCGGUACCGCUUUAGAGUUGAUCAGAUUUCCAGAACUUUUCCUUUACGUUUGGUUUUUGUUGCAAUCAAAAUCGAAGGCAGAGAAGAGUUACGUGAAAAAAGCCAUCUUAUACGAGUUUCCAUUUGGAGUUCAUUAUGCAUGGAGUAUAGCAAUUUUCUCUAUAACUAUGGUUUAUAGUAUCGCUUGUCCAUUGAUUUCUCCGUUCGGAUUAGUCUAUCUAAUUUUCAAACAUGUAGGCGAUAAACACAACUUGUAUUUCGCUUACGGGCCUUCUGAUAUGAGUGGUGUGGGGGGAGGUCGAAUUCAUGCGACUGCAGUUCGACUAAUUCGUAUGUCCGUCUUGCUUUUGUUAGUGAACAUGGCUGCAUGGGCGGGGUUGAGGUCAGGCUUUGAAGCUCGCACUAUAAUAUUAAUAUUGGCGUCCAUAGUUGCGUUCGCUACUUUUCUGUUACUUAGUCCAUUCCCUAGCUGUACGCCUCCAGCGCCAUUACAAGAAGAAAGUAGUAUGAGGUUCCCUGAAUACGUGGCACCGGUUCUUAAUAAGCCGGUAGACACGACGCCCAUUUCGUCGCCAUCAACCCCUGACUAUGGAGCGUCAUCUCCUGCCAGCCAACACGUCGUAAACAUGUUAGCUGGUCCCGACGUAGUGAAUAUAUAAGAACCCCCCUAAAUACCUUUUUGAUAAAUAAUAUUGUAAUUUAAUGUCAUCCAUCUGUCGAAAAAAUAAUUAUAGAACAGCUCCGUAUCGGCGGUGCCUUCGUAUCUCUAUAGAUAAUCUAAAAUAUCGAUAGCGUCAUAUAAUGUAAAGCUAUGUUACUAUGAUAUCUCUUAAUGGACGAAAGUGUAAUGUUUUUAAUGUAAAUAUUGAAACAAUAGAAUAUUUUUAUAUUUACGUGUAGCUUAUAAAUCUUAUAAUUUGCCAAGCGAUGAUUGGAAAUUUGCGGUUGCGUUUUCUAAUUUUAUUAUUUACGUGUCUUAUAUAUAUAUAUAUAUAUAUGUGUAAUUAUUAUCAAAAUCAGUGUAAAAUAGAUGGGUAUUCGAAGUUCCUGGACAGUAACGCUGAUAUUUGGUAGUGCCCUUGUACUUACUGUGUCUGAAUUGACUUUAUAAUAACAGUUUAAAACGAUGAUUUUGUUAAAAUAGGAGUCCCUGCUCUAUCUUCUGUUAUUAACAAAAUUAACAGUCGUAUAUCUGACAGGAAGAAGACGGGAAGAACAUAAGUUAAAGGUACUGACAAAACAAAUUUGGAUAGAUCGACAUUAUGAAUUCGCGUCUUUUUAGCAAUCCUCUAUUGGAAAA